AUGCAGUGCCGGAAGCGCACGCAGGUGGUUCUGGCCCUGUGCCUGCUGCUCGUGCUGUGGCAGUCUUUCCAAGCCUCCAUUUCUGGCCUUGGCCACCUUCUGUUCACUCCCUCCCUCUUCGCUGCCCAUCGCCCACUCCAGCCCACCGCCCGCUGCUCCCCCAGCACCAACACCUCUGCCUGGUUCAACGCUCACUACAACACCGCCGUGGGGCCCCUGCUGACAGGCGCAGCCCACGAGCUCUCCCCGGAUGUGGUUCAGUGGUGGCUGACCCUGCAGGGCCCCCCCAGCAGCACCCAGCUCCAGGCCAUAAUCCAGGAGCUUUUCACCGUCCUUCCGGCCCCGAAGGGAAGCGUGUGGGACCCAUCCCAAUGCAGGCGCUGCGCUGUGGUGGGCAACUCAGGGCGGCUGAAGGGGUCCCGCCACGGCCCACAGAUUGAUGCCCACGACUGGGUGCUGAGGAUGAACAGAGCCAAGACAGCAGGCUUUGAAAUGGAUGUUGGCACGAGGACAACCCAUCACUUCAUGUACCCAGAGAGUGCGAUGAACCUCUGGCCUGGCGUCCACCUUGUCCUAGUGCCCUUUAAGCCUCUGGACCUGAAGUGGGUGACCAGUGCCUUCUCCACAGGAGAGCUCUCACACACCUACAUGAGAGUGAAACAGUUCAUCAAAGCUGACAGAAACAAGGUGCUGAUCCUGAACCCGGCUUUCCUCAAGUACAUCCAUGAGACCUGGCUGCAGGGCCACGGCAGGUAUCCCUCCACUGGCUUCACAGCACUGCUCUUUGCCUUGCACACCUGCCAACAGGUCUCUGUGUUUGGCUUUGGAGCAGACAGCAAAGGGAACUGGCAUCACUACUGGGAAGAAAACCGUUGGUCUGGAGCCUUUCGCAGGACGAGGGUCCACGACGCUGAUGUUGAAUUCAGCCUCAUCCAGAGACUGGCAGCUGAAGGCAGAAUUUUAUUCUACAAAUGA